CAGACACGAACAUGUCUCGUGUUGCGCAACCCAGGGCAGCGGCAGCGCGGCCUGGCGAAGAUGACAUCUGCCCUGUAUGUAAAUCCUCACGCUAUCUCAACAAGUCGAUGCGCUUUCUGGUCAACCCAGAAUGCUACCACAAGAUGUGCGAGUCCUGUGUGGACCGCAUCUUCUCCCACGGCCCCAACAAGUGCCCCAUCGCUGGCUGUCACCGCACUCUACGAAAGCACAAGUUCCGAGAACAGACCUUCGAGGACAUCCACGUCGAGCGCGAGAUCGACAUCCGAAAGAGAGUGGCCAACAUCUUCAACCGUCGCGAGGACGACUUUGACACAUUACUUGACUACAACAACUACCUGAACGAGGUCGAGGACAUAACAUUCAAUCUCAUCUACAAGGUCGACGUUGAGGAAACCGAAAAGAAGAUAUCCGUCUAUGCCGACCAGAACGCCAAAGCCAUUACUACAAAUGCCGCCCUCGCAUCUCAAGAAACUUACGAUUACUCCGCACUACAAGCCGCAGAGAGAGAACAAGCCCGCUUACGGCGAGAGGCCUCUCGUCGGGAAGAAGAGGAAGAGCGAAGAGCACGCGCAGAAGGAAGACAGGACAUCAUCGAUCGCCUUGCCACUGGUUCGGGCGAUGCAGACACGAUUGCCCAAGAAAGUCGCGUCACGCUCAAGAAACGUCUCGACAAGAAACAGGCCGCCGACAGACAGAGACAGCUGCAAGCUGCUGCUGCUGCAAAGGAUGCUACGAAUGGCAGCAGCGGUAUUAUCAUCAAGGGACUCAAGACAAGAAAGGCACCCGGUCCAGAAGCACCUUUCGACGUCUAUGGAGGACUCAAAUUCUCAAACGAGUAUCACAUUGUGCAAGACCACUACGACUGGGAUUGGCUUAACGAGAUCGACUCGCAAGUCGCCAUCAUCGCAGGUGGCUACAGCAAGGAUGAGUUCCAUUCACGAGCAUUAUGCGAAGCAUUUUCAGGCCUUGGAGUUAUUAUUGGAGAAGAAAAAGCCGAGCAGAACGGCACACAUAACGCAGCCAGUAUCGGAACUGCGGCAGCUAUUCAUGGCGGCACUGGCGCAAAGGACGUCAAGAUGGAGGACCCGUUUUGAACUCAUGAUGAACGUUGAAUGAUACCCCGAAAAAGGCGUUGGCAUUGCAUAUACAUUUAUUUUCUACCCUAGAGCAUUACGGCUUUAUCAAUCGAAAGAAACCGGGAAUUGUGGCAUUCUCUGUGAUGUUGUUGUAUAGU